AUGGCGCUCAACCUGGAAAAGCAGUUUACCUUUUAUGGUGCCUACCACCAUAAUCCAGUGAACGUCGCAAUCCACAUCACAUGUGUCCCGGUGAUAAUGCUGUGCAUGUUCCAACUGGCAACAAACUCAGGCCCCGUCAUCCCUCUCCCGGACUCCCUCUCCAUCACGAACCUUCCCCCAAACCUCGGCACCAUAGCCGGCCUCCUCUAUGCGUCCCUCUACGUCCUCAUGGAACCUGUGGCCGGCGCUCUCCUCGCCCCUUUACUAGUCGGUGGCACUGCGCUUGUCAACCAUCUCACAGCCACCUACGGUUCCGCAGCGACAUACUGGGGCCUAGGCAUCCAGGCAGUCGCAUGGAUAGCGCAGUUUGUCGGCCACGGCGCUUUCGAGGGGAGAGCACCCGCAUUGCUAGAUAAUCUGGUGCAGGCGUUUUUCCUCGCGCCGUUUUUCGUGUGGCUUGAAAUUCUGUUUUCGUUGGGGUACCGGCCACAAUUGAAGGCCAGGAUUGAUCAGGCGGUUAUGAAGGAGAUUGCGAAGUUUAAGGAGGAGAAAGGGACUGGGAAGGGAAAGAGCUAA